AUGGGCGACGAAGAAAUAAAUUCUAGUAAGAAAUGUGAAAAAAAUAAAUACAAUGUUAUUAUCAUUGGAGCAGGCAUGGCCGGGCUCGCGGCCGCCAACCACUUCCAAAGCAAUGGGAUGCAGGAUUUUAUUAUAUUGGAAGCGAGGAAACGAAUCGGCGGUCGAAUUAUUUCGAUACCAAUGAAGAAUCACAGAGUUGAAUUAGGUGCGAAUUGGAUUCAUGGAGUUUUAGGUAACCCGAUAUACGAAUUAGCCACAGCAAACGGCCUCGUAAAUAUUAUUAACGUGCCUAAACCACACAAGGUUAUAGCGGCGACGGAAGAUGGAAAACAGGUACCUUUUGGUGUUUUACACGAAAUACACGAAGCCUACGUCUGUUUCUUGCGGCGUUGCGAAGAAUACUUCUUGUGCCAGUACCUGCCGCCACCUGAUAUCAAUAGUGUAGGUGAGCAUAUUAAUUUGGAAGCUACAAUAUACUUAGAACGAUUGCCUUCAUCGGAGGAAAAGAAAUUACGACGACUCAUCUUUGACUGCCUUCUUAAAAGGGAAACCUGUAUCUCAGGUUGUAAUACUAUGGAUGAAAUUGAUCUCUUAGAAUUAGGUAGUUACACUGAGUUACAGGGUGGAAACAUUUUGAUACCAUCAGGGUAUAGUAGUGUUUUACAAUUGAUGACAAAGAAUAUCCCUUUAGAAAGAAUUAUAACCAGUUGUCCCGUGAAGAAAAUCAACUGGAAUUUGAAUGGGAAUUCUGAUGAUUUAGGAGAAGAAUCUGAGGAUUCUGAUCAAACUGUAAUAGAGGAUAUUUCAAAAAAUGACAAGAUAGAUCAAGUAAAAGUUAGUAUAGAACAAGAAAAACCAAAGAAAAGAACAAAUUGCAUUGAAGUGUUUUCUGAGAAUGGUGAAAUUUACUAUGCCAAUUAUGUAAUUUGCACAAUCCCUUUAGGGGUACUGAAAGAACACGCUGCAACAUUAUUUGAACCUCAAUUACCACAAUACAAAAUGGAAUCGAUAGAAAGGCUAUUAUUUAGUGCAGUUGAUAAGAUAUAUUUAGAAUAUGAAAGACCCUUUCUGAACCCAGAUAUUACAGAAAUCAUGUUACUUUGGGAUAAUUCGAGUUCACAAGAAAGUAUGGCUGACUCGUGGUAUAAAAAAAUAUACUCAUUUACCAAAGUAAGUGAGACCCUGUUACUUGGGUGGGUGUCGGGUAAAGAAGCAGAAUAUAUGGAAACUCUAUCAAUGGAAGAAGUAGGCAUCACCUGUACAAAAAUAUUAAGGAAAUUUUUAAAUGAUCCGUUUGUGCCUGAACCCAUACUUUGUGUGUGUACCAGUUGGAAAAAGCAGCCUUAUACGCGGGGAGCAUACACUGCUUUAGCUGUUGGUGCCAGCCAAAGUGAUAUUGAGAGUUUAGCACAGCCCUUAUUUAGAAAUGUACGAGAUAAAAAACCAGUAUUGCUGUUUGCGGGCGAACAUACGCAUAGCGGAUUCUAUUCAACAGUACACGGAGCGUAUCUAUCUGGUCAAAUUGCAGCUAAGCGAAUUUUAAAUCCGGACAGUUCUAGGGAGAAUGAAUUAGAGUGCCCCGGCUCAGCUGACUUACACGCCUGGAUUCAAGGUGUUCAAAUUGAUGGUUAA